AUGUUGCUGCUUACUAUGGCGAUUAUGGUAAUUGGAGUGCUGUCGAGCAGGGAGUGUGACCAUGAUUGCUCUGACACCAUCUGUCCAUCACUGGAUUGUAACCAGACCUCUUUUGUGAAUGAUUGUGAUUGUUGUCCCCAGUGUCUGAGAUUUCGAAACGAGAAGUGUGGAGAUGGUCAUGGACAAUGUGUUAAUGGGCUAGAGUGUGUCAAUCUUGAUAGAUUACCCUUUGGAGUAUGCCAAAAUAAAAGUACGUUUGAUUGACGUGAUCAUUUCCUGCAAAAUAUUUUCUCAAAAUAAAUAUCUCGGCCCCACUGUCUUUUGUGGCCCAUAAAUCCGAAUCGAUUUACAGUUUUGACUCCUCGCUGUGAUCCGGAACUUUGCGAUUCCUCGGUUCCUGUUUGCACUGAGGACUCGCAUUUGGUUCUUAUACCGCCCUCGGACAACGCAUGUUGCCCUAAGGCUCAAUGUGAAUGUGAUUAUGCAACAUGUGAAACGUUAAGCAAUAAAUGUCCGAACAAUACAAAGCGUUAUCUGAUGAGGAAAGGGGGAAAUAAUCCAGGGAUGUGUUGCGAUCAGUUUGAAUGCAGACAACCAGGCACGUUUUCUACAAAAAAGAACCUUUGAAUGAAACUAUUCAACCAUACUAAUAAGCAAAGAUCUUUCAGCUUUUUAUUGUGGCCGUGUUCGUUGUUCAUUAUACCGAGACCUUGAUUUAUUCACUGAAUGCCCCGGGGACAGCUACCGGCCCCAAGAAUAUAUCCCACAGGGUUCAUGUUGUCCAAUAUUCCCAGAGUAGGUGGUGAUAAAUGACGGACAAUUUGCAGAUGUCAGUGUAAAGGGUCGGUAUGUCCACCAGUAAGAUGCGGAAAGAACGAGAAAGUUGUAAUGAUCAGAAGAGGGACGCAAUCCCCUGGCGCCUGUUGCGACAUCUUCCAAUGUUUGGUCGACUCUAACUCUACGACUGAUCAGUCAUGUUUUUUUGAAGGCAAGACUUAUGCCUCUGGUGAUAACUGGCAUUAUGAACCGUGCCAAACAUGCUGGUGCAACAAUGGUGUAUCCAUGUGUACAUCAUUGGAAUGUCCGUCUGUUGCAAGUAGGUUUAUAAUAAGACUACUACAAGCAAAACUCAGGACAUUGUUCGUGGAUAGAGAUCCCUGAUGGAGAAUGUUGCCCAAUAUGUCGGGGUUGUAUUGAUGACCUUGGAAAGCACAAAGUGAAUGAAAGUUGGGCCGUGGAUGGCUGCACAAAGUAAGAAAUAAAUAGCACUGGGUAAAAUUUUUGUGUCGUCAAAAACAACUCACUUUAGCUGCACGUGCUCCGAAGACUUCAAAAUCCAAUGUCAAAAAUCAUUGUGUUCUUGCGACGGAUCAGAACGAUCUAAUCCUUGUUGCUUAGAAUGCCCCGGUAAAUACAUCCAUUACAACUCAAAUUACAUAUGUAAAUCAACUUUAGGUGAGGAGACAUGCCCUAAUAUGGACCACUGUGACCUUAGAUGUAUUCAUGGCUUAAAGCGUGAUGCUGAAGGGUGCGAAGAAUGUAUCUGUGCCUCAGAAAACCCAAAAGAAGACGUCGUGCUUUACAAUAAGUGCAAUGAUCAAUCACCAUGCGAGAGGUAUGUUAGGGAGGUAAGAAAUGUCACACACAAAUACUUAGGCAUUGUUUCAACGGGUUCUCUUUAAAUGACCAAGGUUGUUACACAUGCGAAUGUAAGCAGUGCCCUUCAAUGGAGAUGUGUUUGAAGAAAUGUCUUUUUGGAUACCAAAUUAAUCAUGCUGGAUGCUCAAUCUGCAAGUGCAAAGGUAACCAAAAAGCACAAAAAUAAUUAUAAAUAAAUACGUAGCGGGCGGUUUCGAGACAAAGAAAAUAGAAACUAACAAUAUCUCGGAUCUCUGUCAUCGGGAAGAAAAAGAAUACAGAAACGGGGAUUGGUGGAGUGAAUCUUGCAGACAAUGUCUGUGUCUGCAAGGACGAACUUAUUGCUCGGCAUUAUCAUGUAUGGCCAGGGAUAACUGUUCUCUUUCUCAAUACAACAUUAAAGAUGGAGAAUGCUGUCCGUCAUGCGGGGAAUUCGUCGAGGCUUCAUUUGUUCCCUGUCAUUUUGAUAAUGUUGUUAGUCAAUACGUGGAUGGAGAAAUGUUUAGAAAGGAUUGCGCAGUCUGCAUCUGUGCAUUGGGUCAUGUUUUGUGUUCGGAAGAAAACUGCGACAAGGAAUAUUUGAAUAACAGGUAAAAAAUUAAAUAAGUUCAAAACCCUUAAAAAAUGUUUUGUAAACUCCUAAAUUUUAGUUUCCCUGAUGAUAAAGCAAUGCAAGGUUAUCAGAUGGACUGUAUUGACUAUAAGAACCGUAAUCACGGCUACCAUUCCGUCUGGAGUGACGGCAUUUGUCGUCAUUGCCAAUGCCAAUUAAAUGGUUCUAUUGCAUGUGUUGAUAUCAUAUGUCCCGAAGUGAAAUGCGAUGGAAAAUUACUCCACUUGGAGAAUCAAUGUUGCCCUGUCUGCUUUGGUAGGUUAAUGAUGACUCAAAAAAUCUCUUUUAGAACACAAAACGGAAGCAUCUUGUGAUUACAAUGACGUCAAAUAUUACCAAAACGAGGUCUUUUCGGAUGGUCUAUGCAGAAAUUGCACUUGUACUAUUUAUGGAAAUGUUGAAUGCAACACAACUCAAUGUAUGGAAUGCGAACGGCCAAUAUACACUCCUUUUGAGUGCUGCCCUACAUGUGCUGGUAUGUUGGUCCUAUCUUUUUUGAUAUUUUUCAUCCUGAUUCUUUGCCUAAUGAGUUUUAUUGCAGAAAAUGUAUUGUAUUCUUCGAAAGUAGAGACUGAAGUUGUGAUCUUCGACAACGGGCAUCUAUUAAAUGUAUAUUACAUCUCUUUUGCGAUUGUUGGAUGUUUUGUUAUUCUGUUAUUUGUUAUUGGAAAGUUUCUAAAGCGGUAUUACAUGGUAAGAAAAUACUCCUAGUCUGUCGGUAAAAUAAUGAGCACUCUGUCACAUCGAAAAUCGCAUCGCCGCCGAGAAAAUGAAUUGUGUCGCGGCAAAAUCAAAAUUUUUACUUCAGCGCGCGAUCGGCAGCGACAUUGUGCUCAUUAUUUUACCGACAGACUGAGAUUAAACUUUUUCGAUAUUUUUUUAGACCUCCGAGGCUGGGAAAUCGAUGAAAAAUGGAUACAAAUAUUCGCGCGACGAGCAGACUCUGCACCCGCUUAUUUCCAGGUGAGCAUAAUGAUGACAUAACACAUUAAAAUUGUUUAUAGAUCUGACACACUUUGGUCAAGAAGUUCGAAUCUCUCCUCCGUCGACUCUCACCUCAUAUAG